UGUGUUUUGAUAUUGAAGAGAACCGGCGAGAACCGCGAAAACAUGGCGCCGCGUUUUCUAUCUUAUAAUUAAAUAUACAGCCAACAUAGCUGAGAGCGGUUUAUCACAUUUUCGGGCAUCCUUUAGGCACGAUAUUUGCCCCUCUCCGAUCUGACCUGACCAGCUUCCUUCUCUGCAACAUCUACAGAUCUGUCACAUCUCGACAAAAAUCACCUGCCAAAUCUAGAGAUCUUUAACACGAUUUCUUGGUAUUCUUGGUACUUUCGAGGAAAAUACUUACCUGAAAGAUGGAGCUUUCCACCAGAGCUAUAAGGGAGGUAGUUCAUCCCACUGCAGCUUACUACCAUCCCGUUCCGGUGAUCAAAGAAGCAUCCGAAACCCCCAAAUCACAUAGUCUUACUAGUAUUACCAACUCCAACCUCGAAGAUUCCUGGGAUAAUUCUCUGCUGAACCCGAAAAACCGGAUAGAUAGUCUCGACUUGCCACAGAAUCCCCUAUGGCGUGUCGACGGCUGUGCCGGCUUGGGCACCCAGUAUUAUGUUGUCCCACUCUUUCUCCAGCGAAUUCCUCCUAUGCGCAUGGACGUCUUCGUUUCCGACUCACAGUCCCCUCUCAUCCGUGAGCAACUCGAAUUUGACAAGGCAUCCCACACCAAAGAUUCCACUCGGUUACCCAGAAUCGCUAUUGCGAGACAUAUCGUCCGAAUCCUACAGAAAUGGACUACGAGUGAUUUCAAGGAGCUAAAACUCUUCGGAGAUUUUUAUAGGAAUGUGCCCUUCGGAUCACGUAUAGUAUUAGAAGAUAUGUCACUCGACACACGCCGCGUUCGGGUUGGACUUGGCCUGAACCAUGACUUGGAGCUGAAGCUACUGUCCCUUUCGACAUUGACAUCCCUUUGGGGCUCACACUUCAAGUUUCCCCAAGUAAUUGACUUCUUCGACCUCCACGUUGUCAGUGUCUUGCACGAUAGCGUCUGUCUUGUCCGAAUCCAUGAACGGCUUUACAUAUUCAAAGCAUUAACCAGUGGAGCGAAAUAUCUCUAUCACGAACUCAAGACGCUCUGUACACUCGAACCACACGCGAACAUUAUUACAAAGCCAAUUCACAUUGUCACCAAGAAGUGCACCUUCGGAAAUAAGAAAGCGGUUGCUGGCUUCACUACGUACUAUCACUCGAAAGGUACUUUGCGAGAUAUUCUUCCCGUCUUGCGCGCCCACGGCCAACUACGACGUGCCGAUCAGUUGAAGUGGUCAAUGCAACUAACGACUGCUCUGGAGCAUUUAAAAAGCCGCUCAGCAACAUACUACCCCGAUUUGCGUCUAGAUAAUAUCGUUCUAUCGGAGAAAUCCGACAUUGUCAUGGUAGAUUUUGAACAGAGGGGGGUCUGGUGCGAAUUUGCUGCCCCUGAAGUCAACGCCAUUGAAUACAUCCGCCUACUUGCGACAGACGAAGAAGUUCCCGAGUUCAUAAGUGAAAAGUACCGGAAGGUGUUGCAAGGCUUGGUCCCGGCUUUCGAAACGCUGGUGGAGGACCAAUACACUAAUCCGCAAUCUGGAUUUAACUUAGCUUGGAUUGCACUUAGUUCAGUAGAACAAGAAGCUGCUGAAGUAUACAUGCUUGGGAGGGUUCUCUGGUGUAUAUUUGAAGGGGUUAGCGGUCCUCAGAAAGCCGCCGUCUGGCAAUCGUAUCGAUGGGAGCCCGAUCUCGAAUUUCCCGAAUACAAUAGAACUCCGCCUGCCAUGAGAAGGCUUAUAGACGAAUGCACAAAGGGCAGGAGAGAGACGCUAAGCAAGGUUGUCGUAAGGCGCCAGAGUCGUCUCGUCCUGAAAAACAAGGCCAUAGACGAUCAAAGUGCCGACGACGUCAAAGUAGCUGCACAGCGUUUCUGGUCUGAAGAAAUCGAGGUUGCAGAAAAGUUCUUGAAAGAGAGAGAACUUCGACGUCGUAAGGGGAAAUGGAAUGACAAUUAUUACGAGCGCCCAAAUCUGAAGCAGGUCCUGGAAGCCUUGAAGGCAUUCCAAGAUGAGAUAUGCUGAGAUUAGACAAUGAAAUGUAGAGGCAAAAUGGGGCUGUUAUUGCCUAGUCGACAUAGGAAAUAUGCCAUCUAUUUGCCACCAUUCUUGGUAAUGGCAGACUAGUAGUGGAUGUCAAGAGCAAGACAAUACGAUUAAUAUUCUAUCAUCACCUAGACACCUACUGAGGUAGAUAGAGAGCAGCCUGUUGCAAUUACUAAGGCAUCAGGACCUUUAGAACUAUGCAUCUAGACCAAGAAAUCGAGGUUAUACAUAUAACAGCAUUA